GUGAAGAGCACGCGCUCAGCCGGAAUGUAAGCAUGGUUCAAAAUUAUAUCUUUGGAAAAUAAUAAACAAAAAUAAUUAGACUCGACGCAUACCUUUUCUUUCUUCUCCACCAAGAAAAUUAAAACGCACUGUUCUUCUCUCUCUCUCUCCCCAUUCAGAACCCAACCCUCUCUCUUUCUCUCUACACCAGUAAUCCUCCAUUGAUUGAAAAAUAAAGCUUUUUGUUUUUCAUCUAACCUUACCCAGCCUAGUAGUCACCAUGAAGAUAAAGAACAAGGGUAAAGUUUACCCAUCUCCAAACUCAUCAUCUUCUUCAUCAAAUGACACAGAAAUUCUCUCUGUUUUGAAGCUUCUUCCAGCUGCCAUUCUAGCUUUGGCUUCAGUUCUCUCUCUCGAAGACAAAGAAGUCUUAGCUUAUAUGAUUACCAGGUCCAUGAAAACCUCCUCUUCUUCAUCUUCAUCUUCUUCAUUGGUGACCAAAGAAUCAAAGAAGAAAUCCUCAAAGAAAGGUUCUGGCAAUAAUAAUAAUAAUAAUAAUAAUAAUAAUAAUAGUAAUAAUAUUGGGCAUAAGCCUCCUAUGUUCGAUUGCGACUGCUUUGACUGCUAUACCAGCUACUGGUUCAGGUGGGACUCCUCCCCUAACCGCGAACUCAUUCACCAAGUCAUUGAGGCCUUUGAAGACCACCUCUCUCACGGUGAAAAGUCCAAGAACAACAACAACAACAACAACAACAGCGGCCGAGGCAAACGCCGGGACAAGCUCGGCCGCCGCGAUCAUCACCAGCUGGUCCAGAGCCCUCUAGUACUCCCUGAUGUUCCGCCGCCGCAACCAACGUUGCUUCCGGUGCCGGAGGAGAAUAGUCAUGGGAGUCAAAGUCCAUUAUGUGUUGUUGUCGAUGCUCCAGUAACGAAGAACGAAAAGUUUGAAGAUGAAAGCCAAAACGGCGCCGUCAAAGGUGAACAGCAGCUCACGGAAGUGAGCGAUGACGUGGCGGUAUCUGUACGGACAAUGACGACGGCGAAUGACCACAAGGGUUUGGCUAGAAAAGUAUUGCCGGACGUAUUGGGGUUAUUGAAUUCUCGUUUGUGGAGCCUUUGGAGUCCGAAUGCUUAAAGUAAAAUCUUUCUUUUCUUUUAUUUACUUUUUUUUUUUUCUAUUAAAAGGAAAAAAAAAAUUAUUCCCUUUAUUAUUAUUUUUCAAUCUCAGAAACAACAACGAAAAAAAAAAUAGUAGUGUUAAUUUUUUUUCGGGGGUGGAAUGGAAUAUAGAUAUGGUCCUUCUUAAGGGAAACUUUCUCUUUAAUGCUCCCACCUUUAUUAUAUAUUUUUUUGCCUUUUGGGGUUUUAAAGUA